UCUGACAAGGGAAAAUCACGGAAAUCGUGAAAAUGCGUGAAAAUGAAGAAGUUGUAAUGUAAAUUAUUGAGAUCUGGCAGCAUCUAAACUCAUCUUGCACGCACACGACAAUAACAACAGUACAACACAGCGCCAAAGCCAUCAAAUAUCAUCCUUCCGGUUUUCUUUUCUAUUUUAUAAUUUGAUUUGGUCUACCAAAGUCAUAUGUAAAAUGUCUGUCAUUUUGGAAACUACCAAAGGAGAUUUGACGGUUGAUCUGUACAUCAAAGAAAGACCUAAAACUUGCCUCAACUUUCUCAAGCUUUGUAAGAUGAAAAGCUACAACUUCAACAGAUUUCACCAUGUUGAGCGAAAUUUUUUAUGUCAAACUGGAGACCCCACUGGAACGGGCAGAGGAGGUGAAUCAAUAUUUGGGGUAUUAUAUGGACAACAAGCAAAAUACUAUGAGGCUGAGCAAGUUCCUGUGUUGAAGCAUACCAAACCUGGAUUGCUUUCGAUGGUGAAUGUUGGAGAUAACAUGCUUGGAUCACAGUUUUUCAUUACUCUUGGUGAUAAUUUGGACUAUCUUGACAAAGAGCAUUGUGUGUUUGGGGAAGUUGUCGAAGGUCAUGAUGCCUUGCUCAACAUUAAUGAAGCCAUUUGUGAUGAAAAUCACAUCCCUUAUCAGGAUAUUAGGAUAACCCACACUGUUAUUCUUGAUGACCCAUUCCCAGACCCAUCAGGCUUAGAAAUUCCAAUUCAUUCACCUGAACCCACCAGAGAAAUGCUUGAUAGCGGGAGAAUUGCUGCUGAUGAAGACAUCAAUGAAAUGGAAGGCAAGACGGCCGAAGAAAUUGAAGAAGCGAUUGCAGAUAAGGAAGCCAAAGCUCGUGCAACAAUCCUUGAAAUGGUUGGCGACUUGCCUUCUGUUGAUGCAGCUCCUCCCGAGAAUGUGCUCUUCGUUUGUAAGCUCAAUCCUGUGACAACCGAUGAUGAUCUCAUGAUUAUCUUCAGUCGUUUUGGCAAAAUAGUCAACUGUGAAAUUAUUCGUGAUCGACAAACGAUGAAUUCUCUCCAGUACGCUUUCAUCGAGUUCGAUAACCCCAAAUCAUGUGAGGAUGCCUAUUUUAAAAUGGACAAUGUGUUAAUCGACGACCGACGUAUUCAUGUUGAUUUCUCGCAGUCCGUCUCCAGAUUACAGUGGAAAGGAAAAGGACGAGGAGUGGAUUUCAUCGGUGGCAAACCUUUUGAUCCCAACAAGGAAGACUACAAGAUGAAAGGUCCCCACAAGAAACAACAGGGAAAAUAUAUCCAAAAUGAUGACUACCAAAAGAGGCGUGAACCCCAGCAAAGACCAAGAGAUUACCAACCAAGAAAUUCAGGAUAUCGUGACAAUCGAGACGAUAGAGGUCGUCGGGAUGAUCGAGAUUAUCGCGAUCGCAACGAGCAUCGAAAUGAAAGAGAUCGUCGAGAUGAUAGGGUUGACAGUCGAGGACGGCAUGGCGAUCGAGACCAUCGAGAUAAUCGUGAACAUCGAGAUCAAGGACAUAAUCGCGAUCGUCGGGAAAAAUCAGAUCGCCGAGAGCACCGGGAUCACCGUGAACGACAUAGAUCACCAGAUAGAUCACGUAAGGAAGAAUAUGCCAAUCCACAAAAAAGGAUACGCAAAACCGAAAAUUAUGCCUCAAGUUACAAAACAACUGAAGACGCGAAGAAGUCAGGGUACAGCUUCGAGUCAUCCUAUGACAACAACUCUCGCUCUGAGAGCCGUCAUGGAAAAGUGACAACCGGUUCGUAUCGUGUACCUCUCCCCGAUGGCCGUGUUCAGGUUGUCAACUACAGGGCUGAUGAAAAUGGAUAUGUCGCUGACGUGAAAUACGAGGGCGAGGCCAAAUAUCCAGAAUACAAACCCGCAUAUUCUUAUUCCGCUCCAGCCUACAAGGCUGAAACCGUACCGGUUUACGAGGUUGUUACGACCAAACCGACUUACAAGAUUCCUACUACUCCGGCUCCCACAACUACUAGCCCAGCUUAUAAGACCCCUGCAUACGUUGAACCUAGCUAUAUAGCGCCAGCACCGACUGCGGCUCCAACCUAUGAGGAUCGUUCUUAUCCCGAUCCUGAAUUUAAGGCUUUGUACAAGAUAACAACUACCACCCCGGCUCCAACGACGACUCCGCGGGCUUAUGUAGCUCCUGUUGAUGUUGAGUACAAAGUUCCUGCUUACUCUGCUCCGGCCUACCAGACCCCAGUUUCUCCUGCAUAUGGUAUUCGCUAUAUUGGUGACGCAAAACAAUACGAGGAUAGGAACAAAUAUCUGGAAACUAAAGUGAACUCUCCAGCCUACAAAUCUACAUUUUUUGUCAUUCCCAAGUACAAAGUUUCUUCUUUGGCCGGCCCAGUCUAUGAGACACCGGAAGUGCCAGAUUAUAGAACAUCUUUUUACUCCGCUCCUGCGGCUCCUUUGCCCCUUGCUUACAGACCUCGUUACGCCGUCAAGGCAGCUAAUAAGGUCGUCGAUCAGAGCACAGACUACAAGGAUUCGCCUUACGUCGCUCCCAAAGUGACAGUUUCCGUUUAUACCCCAGUCUAUUCUGCCCGUACUACCACUACUCCAGCAUACCAGGAUUUGACAACUGCUGCUCCCGCCUACAAAGUUCCGAUUACCACAGCCGCUGCCCCGGUUUAUACUACUUCAUCCUACAAAGCUCCAAAGUACGAAACUUCCACCAGCGCUCCGGCUUACAAGCCAUCUACUUUUUUCACUUCGAAUAAAGAUAGCAUCUCUACUGGAUACAAGGAACUAUCCAGAAUCUUUCGUGAAACAUCUUUGACAGCCGGAAAUAAAAAUUGGGAUAAUUUCUUUAACAAAGCUUGGGAAUUCGCUAGAACAAAAUAUUAAAUGACUUAAUCAUUUCGGAAAACAUUCAUUUAAAAAAUUCAUUUAAUAUUUAUCAAUCACAAUGUACUACCGGUACUACCUUUGAAAUGAGCGAAUUCUUGUUUUUUUCUUAGCUUUUUUUUUAAUAUAAAAAGUCAUUUUUGUCUAAUGUGCUCUUUCAAAAUGAAAUAGAAAUCAAAAAAUUUACAUGCUAGACGGUGCGAGUCGAUUGCUUUCACAAUUGAAAGUGAAGGGUUUGUUUUGUUAUCUCCAGACUGGACCAGUCUUUACGGAGCUUGCAGCGCCAAAAUCAAAUCAGUUGUUAAUUAACUGAUUGACCAGUUCUUCUUGCAAUUUGCGGUAAGUAAUAUUUGUGCGUAUUUGUGUACAGUCCAAUAAAGAUCCCUUUCGCGUUUGCCCCUACAUUUUACUGAAUUCAAGUGGGUUUUAUUGUAGUUAUAAAAUUUAAACAUCUGCAUAGCAAAGUCUUAGAAUAUGAAGUAUUUUAAGAUUUAUCCUAUUUACUGUCAAACCUAAAUGGGUUUUUCGCAUUCUUAUGGUCAUAACCGUUUAUUUUACAGAUUUGUAUGUGAUCUAAUAUCUAAUGAAUCUGUUGACCAGUCUA